AUGGAUACUAUAUUAUCCUUCUUACGUGGAGCCUUCCUACAACAACAACAGCAUGAUGCUGGUGGUGGUCAUGAUGAUCCUGAUGCCAUUCUAAAGAGGAUACAUUAUGCUGCAUCUCAUGGUUUUGAUAUUAAAGGUCCUAAUGAUACUCAUUAUCAGGUUGGUAGAGCUUAUUUACCUCAAUUAUAUGAGGCUAGAGAUAGACUUAUAAAGGAAGCUCAGAAGUAUCCACACUGUGUAGUUGAGGAUAAUAAAUUCAGUAUAUCUGUCCAUUAUCGUAAUGUUCAUCCUGAUCUUCAUGUAGAGGUAUCUGAUAUGGUCCAUAGUAUUGUUGCUCAAUAUCCACAUUUACGUUUACAUUAUGGUAAGAUGGUAUAUGAGAUAAAGCUUAAUUUAAGUUGGAAUAAAGGUAAAGCUGUAUUAUGGCUACUAAAUGCAUGGGGUAAUACCAACAACUACAACAACAUUGGUAUAUUACCUAUAUAUAUUGGUGAUGAUAUAACAGAUGAGGAUGGGUUUAGAGCAAUUAAAGCGUCCUUCCCUACAAAUGGUAUGGGUAUCCUAGUACACAAUAGUAAUCAUGAAUUAGCUCGUCCAACAGCAGCAACAUAUACAUUGGAAAAUACACAUGAG